AUGCGGAAAUGCAACAAAGAAUAUCAAUCAGCUGAAGCAGACCAAGAGAGUGAUUUUAGCACGACGUCUUACUAACAGCAGCAGUGCAAGUAGCCCUGCAAGCCUCCUCCUGUGUGCCCACCCCCAAAGUGCCCAGAGCCUUGUCCUUCUCCAAAGUGCUCAGAGCCUUGUCCUCCAUUAAAGUUUCCAGAGCCUUGUCCUCCUGCACAAUGCCCUGAACCAUGCCCCCCUGAGCCAUGCCAGCAGAAAUGCCCUCCUGUGCAACCUCCUCCUCCCUGCCAGCAGAAGUUCCCUCCCAAACCUGUCAUGGAUGCAGAAGAAUCUUCUCCAUCCUUCACCCUCCAUGUGUCUGUGGUCACCCUGAUAGGAAAGGCAUUCCCCUGA